AUGCAUAAUGGGUCCUCUGCUGAUCUUACUUUAGACAAAUCCUCUGGGUCUGGAUUGGCCUCAAAGAACAGAUAUUACUAUGGAUUUUUCAGUGCUGCAAUAAAGCUCCCAGCAGGUUUUACAUCUGGAGUUGUAGUGGCCUUUUAUUUGUCUAAUGCAGAUCUUUACCCACACAACCACGAUGAGAUUGACUUUGAAUUGCUUGGUCAUGAGAAGGGAAGAGACUGGGUCCUGCAAACAAAUAUGUAUGGUAAUGGAAGUGUUAGCACAGGAAGAGAAGAGAAAUUCUACCUCUGGUUUGACCCAACAUUGCAGUUUCAUGAAUACAGCAUCCUAUGGAACAAUCAUCAUAUAGUGUUUCUAGUAGACAACAUACCUGUAAGAGAGGUUAUCCACAAUACUGCUACAGCUUCUGUUUAUCCAUCAAAACCAAUGUCAGUCUACACAACAAUAUGGGAUGCAUCACAGUGGGCAACUAAUGGAGGAAAGUACCCUGUCAACUAUAACUAUGCACCAUUUGUGGCAUCAGUUGGAGAGCUGGAACUGGAAGGCUGUAUAGUUCAUCAGAAGGAUUCAGCCCCAGCGUGUUCUCAGAGUAGCCUCUCAAGCUUAGACCCUGUGGAGGGAGAAGAGUUUGCCAAGCUAUCAAGGCAGCAGAUAACAGGGUUGGAUUGGGCUAGAGGGAAGCACAUGUUUUACUCAUACUGCAAAGAUACAUCCAGGUAUAAAGUCCUUCCACCAGAGUGCAGAAGAUAG